CGAGCCUCCCUCUAUGUGCACGAACAUAGUCGAUUUUUUGCCUAUAUAAACCUCUCCCUCUUAGACCAUGCUUCUCCAUUACCAAUUACCAUUCACACAACACAACACACCCUAAAACACAUUGUUCUCGAAUUUUCAUUUCAUAUCAUAUCAUAUCAUAUCAUAUUGUAUUUCGAAGCUUUCAUAGUUACUAUGCAUCCAAGUGAGAUGAUAGGAAUAAACUACCUAACAUCCACUCCAGAAAUACAAUUUCCAUACCAAUUUUCACCUAACUUAACCUUAUUACAACAAAAUAAUCUUCAACAAGUAGCAGCAAAUAUGAUCACCAAUAAUGAUCUCAUUAGUGGAUCGUCUUAUAAUACUUUUCCAAUCACUCAAUCUUCCUCCCCCGCCUACAUGAGUAGCAACUCGACAUCAGAUGAAUCAGACGAAAUUCAACAGACGAAUAAGAUCAUCGAUGAGAGGAGGCAGAGGAGGAUGAUAUCGAACAGAGAAUCUGCUCGUAGGUCUCGAAUGAGGAAACAAAGACACUUAGAUGAGCUUUGGUCACAGGUGAUUCGACUUCGACAUGAAAAUAGUAAUCUUAUUGAUAAGUUGAAUCAUGUAUCAGAAAGUCAUGAUAAAAUUUUACAAGAAAAUGUUAGGCUUAAAGAAGAAGCGUCUGAUCUUCGACAAAUAAUUAGUAGCAUGCAAUUAGCUACUACUUAUAAUGGAUUAAGAGAUUUGGAAGAUGUUCCUUGUAAUACUGCUCAUCUUAGAGCUGAAUCUUCCAACCAAUCUAUAAUUAGUUCUACUGAUUUACUUUUGUAAGAUAAUUAUGUUUACUUUAUAAGAGUUUUAGCUUUAUGGGUGUAACAUAACUUGGCCUUUUUUUGGGUUAACUUCUAGUCCCUGAAUUCCUGCAAUAAACUAAACAAUUUUCCAGCUCGCCA